AUGGCUAUGGCAAUGUGCGACAAGGAAGAUGUACAGGCUAGCUUUCAGUCGGAGUCCUCUGGUGGCACUACUUCAAACGUUCCCGACCUAUUGGCUCAUAGGUUGAUGUCCAAUGUCUAUCCCAACCGCAUCUCGGAUACGGAUGGUCUGAUACACGCCAUUCACUAUCAACUACCUGCGCUGAUCGCAGGGUUGACCGAUCGCACCUCAACGGCGAAGCCUGUCCGCCUGAUCGUCUUGGACUCGAUUGGCGCCUUGCUUCGUCCUGAUGGGAACAACACGAAAGGAGACUGGACUCGUAGGGCUAGCCAACUGAAUCAGAUAGCCGAUGGAUUGAAGCAUCUCGCUUGCCGCUAUAAUCUGGCUGCUGUUGUUAUUAACCAGGUCUCUGACGUCUUUGACGUUCCUGUGCGCUCGACGCGAUUGAGUGCAAAUAAAGCCAAGCGUACACGGCUGACCUCAGCCGAUCCCUCGCUUAGUGCGAAUGACAUUGAUGGAAACAUGAACCCUCCCACUGGACGUACUGGUCUCAUGGUCAGCACACACUUAGUGCCAUCUACAUCUAGAAACGAGACUUCCAGCUCUUCCCCGAAAAGUCCGUCGGAAAUGGACCAAAUUACUUCUUCAGUACUGGUAUAUGAAGACCAAGCCCAGCACUUUAUGGGCCGGGCACCUUCCCAUCGUAAAGAAGCGGCUCUCGGCUUACCAUGGAGUAACGCGAUCAACUUGCGGAUCAUGAUUCACCGUCUGACAAGCUUUCGUCCAAACACCACCGGUGUCCGUAUCACUCAUAGCAGGGCAAGAGAUGUAAGAGAAGCACGAAUGAUAUUCAGCCCAUUCGGAGGUCAAGGGAAUGGCUAUGACUCAAUAGGUGUACAAUACGUUAUCGCUACUUCCGGAAUAAUAGCCUGGGAGGAUUCCCUAUCCACAGACCCGAUUUCCACCGGAUGA